GGUCCUAUGUCAGUGACCUUUCCCACCCAAUUAAAGAUUAGAUCCUUCGAUAAGGGCAGGUCCUACCAAUCAACACGCCGUUUCGGGGACGCCUGAUUGGUGGAUUGGACCCUUGCUGUUUCAGGUCCAAACGAAUGUUUAGCAACUAAUUGACGCUUUGUCGACGCCUGAUGAAAAUAGCGAUCGGUGCUCAAUAUUCAUGAAAGAAGAAGACACGCGAACGAGACAGUUCAACGUUGCCGUUCAGGGCACGGCCGCUGUUGCGCUAUUGAUCUAUUACAGGGGAGACUCCCGAGGGAAUGCCGGCUCUGGCAACGUCGGUGAGAAAAAGCGCUCUUCCAGGAGUAUGGAGGGUCAUUGCUUGAAGGGGACGGUUCCACUCUUCAGAAGGGAAACAACUAAAUAAUCCAUUUCUUCAAUCCAUGAAUUUGUGGAUCAGAG